UUCUGGCAGGACGCAUUACAGUAAACUAGGUGGCGUUUUCGUUAUUAUUGAGUUAUUGUGCCUGUUUUAUGCUUUAUAUAAGUGUGUUUUGGUACUGCUGAAAGGUUGAGAUGCGUAUUGUGCAGCACAGAUUAAAUAAAUGAAGAAAAACACUGAAUAAAACCACAGAAGGACACGCUCGUUUAAAGGAAAGGGGGGGAAAGCGAAGUACACGGAUCCGGAUCCUGGACUGAUGACGUGGUGCCAUCGGCUCGCCGGGGACGGAGAGGAUGGCCGACCAGAGCAGGCAAAUUAAACUCGCAGCGGCAAAGAAAAAGCUGAAAGAGUUUCAGCAGAAGAGCGCCCCGUCCUCAGUCAGUGCUGGGCCGAAGAAGAAGAGGAAGGUGAAAGGAGCGAGCCAGGCUGAUGUAUCGUCCACCGACAGACACUCGCCAGACCAGAUUGAGAAUAUUCUGAAUGUUAUGGUGUCUGAUCUUAGUCUGACUAAUGGAGUAGCUCUCCCUCCAUUGGUCAGCAGUCAGGACCGUGGCGAUGUGGGAGCGCAGGACUCUCCGCUUUCUCAGAUGCAGGAGGACGCUCCCAGCGCAGAGCCUGCCCUCUGCUCGCCUGUGUCUAACACCUCCGCUGCUACUAACUCAGAGUGUGUCGCUGACAACACAGCCCUGCAGCAGAAUUGUGACCUAGAUGCCAAUGGCGAUGAACACGGUCUGGAAGAAAACAGGCCGUUGUCAUCCACUGAGAGUCUGAGGCAACUUUCUCAGCAGCUCAAUGGCCUCCUCUCUGAGUCACCAUCAUCAUAUGUUAAUGGGGACAGUGGCCCGUUGCCCAUUAAUGAGAGAGAGCUGGAGACUCGAAACCAGGAGCUGGCAGCCGCUCUGGACUCCAGCACUCUAACAAAUUCCCAGCUCGCUGCAAAGAUAGAGACACUGACGAAGCAGUCGCAAGAGCUGUCGGACCAGCUGCAGAAGGAGCGGAAGGAGUUUGAGCAGAAGUUUGCGAAGGAACAGGGAGCUAUGAGGGAGCAACUGCAGGUCCAUAUCCAGACUAUUGGAAUUCUGGUGUCUGAGAAAUCUGAGCUGCAGACUGCCUUGUCGUACACACAGCAGGCAGCACGGCAGAAAACAGGAGAAGCAGAGGAGCUGAAUAAUCGUCUGCAGUCCAGCAAACAGAGAGUAUCUGAGCUUGAGAGAACUUUAUCCACUGUGUCUACGCAGCAAAAACAGUUUGAGAAGCAGAAUAAAGAUCUGGAGAAGGAGCGGGACGGCCUGCGACUGGAAGUCUUCAGAUUGAAUAAUGUAAGUGAGGAGAUGAAGCAGCAGAGCUCCGAGUUGGCUGAGCAGCUCAAGCUGAAAAUGAAUGAGAACAGCACCUUGAGUCUGGAGCUGGACGACCUCCGCAAACGACUGGAAAUGGCAGAUGUUAUGCUGCAACAAUUCUCCAAUCAGUCAGAUCCUUCCUCUGAGCACCAGCAGCUUCAGCUCCUCCUGGAAGAGAAGCAUCAACUUGAGGUUCAUACAGCCCAGCUCAUGGAGUCAAUAGCACAGCUGCAGAGAGAGCGAGACCAGUAUGCAGAACAGAUUCAAGAGGAGGGCCGAGUGUGGAAGGACAAGACAGAGCAGCUUCUCUCUCAGGUGUCACUGAUGUCAGAGGAGAGGGACAGGAGCGCUGCUCAGAUUCAAGAACUACAAGAGCAGAUCAUGGAGCUGAAGAACGCUGCAGCUCUGUCUCAGGAGCAGGAGACCCAGGCAGUAUCUCAGUCUUCAGGGCCGUCUGAAAGAGAACUGAUCCUGGAGGAGAAUCUCUGCAGUCUGCAGGAGGAGCGGGAGGCACUCAGCCUGCAGUACCAAGCACAGGUGCGGGAUAAUGAGCAGCUGAGCCGGCUUGUGCAAGAGCAGGAGACCCGGCUAGAGGAGCUAGAGAGGCAGGCAGACCGGGCGUCCGAGGAGGCUCAAGAUAAGCUGCGCAUCCUGGAGGACGUUCAGAGUGACAAGGCCACCAUCAGCCGAGCCCUGACUCAGAACCGAGAGCUCAAAGACCAGCUGGCCGAGCUGCAAAAUGGCUUCGUCAAGUUGACCAAUGAGAACAUGGAGCUCACUAGUGCGCUGCAGUCUGAGCAGCAUAUAAAAAAGGAGAUAGCCCGCAAGAUGGGCCAGCUGCAGGAGAACCUUCACAAUGCCAAAGAACAGCUACUGGAGCGAACGCAGGAGUGUUCAUCCGUCCAGGAGCAGCGAGAUCAGUAUCUAGCCCACCUGCAACAGUACUCGGCUGGCUAUCAGCAGUUAGCCACAGAGCGGGAACAUCUUCACAAGCAGUUUCUACAGCAGACACAGCUCAUGGACCGGCUACAGCAUGACGAGGUGCAGGGCAAAGUGCAGCUUGAGCAGAGCCAGUUGCAACUGCAGGAGGCCCAGGAGAGGCUUGAUCAACUGGUCAAGGACAAUGAGCAGCUCAAAACUGAAGUUCAGGAGCUUCUGAACAGCUCUGCUUUGAAUAUAUCACUCAGGGAUCAAGGUGAUGGAGUGGAAAGCCAUUCACUUCCAGAAAGCUUUCAGAAGUCAUCUAUAGCCAUUCCAGAGGAUUUUGAAAGCAGAGAGGAGAUGGAGGAGUUCUUGCACUCUGCUCUGUCCCAUCUGGAAGGAGAGAGAGAUGAAGUUAUGCGCAGAUUGGAAGAAGAGAGGAGGCUGCACCAGGCUGCCCUACAGCAGGUGGCUGCUAUGAGCCAUGAGCACCAUCACCAUAGCACAUGUUCAGAAAUGGGGAACUCUGAUGGUGUACCAGUUGAGGUCCAUGAGGCACAGCAUUUUGCCAUGGAGAGACUCCAGGACCGUUUCACAGCACUGAUGCAAGAGAAGGCGGACCUGAAAGAGAGAGUGGAUGAACUGGAGCACCGCUGCAUUCAGCUGUCUGGAGAGACUGAUACCAUCGGUGAAUACAUUGCUCUCUAUCAAAACCAGAGAGCCAUUAUGAAGCAGAAGCAUCUAGAGAAGGAGCAGUAUAUCAACAUGCUGGCCAAAGACAAGGAGGAGAUGAAGGCGAAGUUGGCAGAGCUGCAGGACCUGGUGAUGCGUUUGGUUGGGGAGAGGAAUGAGUGGUAUACUCGGUACAUGAGUGCUAUCCAUAAUCCGGACUUUCUUCAUGCUGAAGAGGACUUUGUCCAACCAGCAGAGAGGCGAAUGGAGCUGAAUGCUGUGGAUAGCUCAGCUUCUAUGGACAUGAGCACAGCUGUAGAUUUGGCUCCAGACUCACAGGCCAGGACAGAGUUGGGGGGCAUGGCCCCUUCUGAGGGAACGGAGCCCCCUGUAGGCCCAUCGCUUAGACCCAGGGAGGACGGCACGGCCCGACAGAUCAUGCAGCUCCUCCAGGAGAUCCAAAACCCUCAGGCCCGUCCUGCUCCCUUCCUGGGAGAGAAGCCCUGCAUCCCCUUCUUCUACAGACCCGAUGAGAACGACGAAGUCAAAAUCAUGGUGGUCUAAAGUACACCAUGUCCCACCUCCCUUCAUGUCUCUCCCUCCUUUUCUCCGUGGCUCUCGGAUGGGCCCAAAAUUCCCUGCUUUUCUUCUCUCCAGUCUGUUGUGGAAGCUUUUCUAAUACAGACACGCAGUGACUGGAGUUGGACUGUGAGAGUGUACGUAUGUGUGCGUUCCUUUUCAUUCACCUCUUAUUUCCUCUGUUUGGUGGUGGGCAUGAACCCUUCUUUAUUUCUGUUCCUUCCCAUGCUCUUAGCCCUAGUUGAUGUGGGCAUCUUAUCAUAAUACAAGAAGAAUAUUUCAUACAUAUUCCUGAGGCUUAGGUGCUGUGCUGGUCAUUGAUAUUCCUACAUGCGCUUUCCUCUCUACAGUUUCCAUCCUCUUGACAAUAGGUGCAAUAGAAAAGUCAUCUGUCCACUGGCGAAACGUUAUUAAUUGGCUUGGGUAUGUAAGUCAGAUCCCUCUAUAUACACAAAGGGCCAUUAACUUCCCAGCUAGCUCUUUUUUUUUUUUGUUUAUCUGAAGUAUUAGGAUCGGUAUGUGUCUGUUAGAUGAAGAGAGCAGGACGUUUUUGAGGUCAUAUUGAAAAUGUUGAAAUGUGCACAUUUGCUGGAGAUGAGGAAAGUUUGAUCUAGCUUUAGGGCUCUAUUAAAAGCAUCUCAGAUCUAUGUGGAGGUCAUGAAGUGUAUGAAUCUUAUAUUUAAAAAAGAGCAUUGAGUUUGAAGGAGUGAUUCAUGAAAUUGUAAGGUAAGCACAGACUCUGUAGACUCUAGCAAGUUGUAAAGAAUAAUGGAGAGCAAAAGUAAAUCUGAGCUGAAAGGACAGGCAUUAGAGUUAUUACUCCAUAUACGUCAGGCGUCUCUGUCCAAAGCCUUCAGAAACAACCUCAAAGGAAUAUGCCAGCGUUUUUCAACCUGGUCUGUCAACCGCAUUUGUGGCACGAGAUAAAUUAUCAUGGAAAGCCAUUUUAGCACAUCUCGCUAUAGUUGGAAAAGAACAGAAAGCCCUUUUACUGGAAACAUACUUGAUACGUGAUGCAUGAAGAUCUCAGGCUUGUGUAAUGCAGCAUUGUCCUUUUGCGCCCCUUAGCCACAGCGAUUGAUGCUACUAUCAUGGGAUGGGACGGGGGGGUUCAGGGUGGGGGAUAAAUGUGGAGGAAAAACAAACAAACACUGACAAACCGAGGAUGGUCUUAAUUGAAUUUGUGGCACCUGGUUCAGCAUGGCAGGUUAUGUGUUAACAUCUCAUUGCCUGCCUUGUCUGCUUACACCGAAGAAAAUAAACAUGCUUUAUGGGCAGAAACUUGUAAGCUAA